UCAGUGCGCGGGUCGUAUCGAGGGCCGGCGGACGCGAGCCGACGACAGCCGAAGCACGCCGGACAUGAUUGGAAUAUGGACGUGUGGAGCGGCCGACCCGCGUCGUGCGUGCGCGCAUCGCCGCCCCUCGCCAUAGAGACAGGCGACAAUUUCGCACUCACGUUCUUCGAAAGCAAAGAGCAAGCGCCGCCGCCGCUGCCGAAACAAGACCCAUCUACGUACUCGGCAGACAGCGCGACUUCAGGCACCGUCACAAAGGCAGCUACCCCUUGCAAGGUGUGUGGUGAUAAAGCUUCCGGCUAUCACUACGGCGUUACAUCAUGUGAGGGAUGUAAGGGGUUCUUUCGACGGAGUAUUCAGAAACAAAUUGAGUAUCGCUGCCUUCGUGACGGGAAGUGUCUGGUCAUCCGGCUGAAUAGGAAUCGGUGCCAGUUCUGCAGAUUUAAGAAGUGUCUGGCGGUUGGCAUGAGCAAAGACUCCGUACGAUACGGAAGAGUACCGAAGAGACCCCGAGAGCCCUCCGCAGCAGACAGCCUGCCCGAACCUUCAAAGCGACCGGUCCAUACCAACGCAACCACGAUCCCCCCAACGGAUCCUUUGGAAGCAGAGCUAUUAAGGCAAGAAAUGACGAAGGAAUUAGUAAAACUCAUCACCACAGCCCACCGCGGCACCAACACCUACACCGAGGAAUUAAGGAUCUCCUUGGAGCCCCGCGCCGCCCCCUUCCGCGUCGAGGAGUCUGAAGCUGAAGCCAGCGGCGGCGAGGACGCGGCCUCCUCCAGCACGGACCGCGCCACCGACGCGCGCUCCGUACUCUGGCACAACCUCGCUCUCCGCAUGACGCCGGCUGUACAGCAAGUUGUCGAGUUCGCAAAGCGGUUGCCCGGGUUCCAUGGACUACCACAAGAUGAUCAGCUUAUUAUUAUUAAGCUAGGGUUUUUCGAAGUGUGGCUGACCCGCAUCACCGCACUGUCGACUCCAGACCGCAUCAUGUUCGAAGACGGCACCGUGUUCACCCACGCCCAUCUGGCAACCAUAUACGACGCGGCAUUUGCAACGGCUAUGCUGACUUAUAUCUGGAACCUUCAGCGAAUGAAUAUGACCGAAGAGGAGUUGGCAGUGUACACGGGCACUCUGCUCCUCUGCCCACAACGCCCCGGACUCAGCGCCGGAGACCGAAUUCAAGGGCUACAAAACGCCAUGAAUGAUGCGCUCCAGAACAUGCAGGCUGUGUCGCACGGCGGGCCGGAGGCAGUGGCAAUAUCCCGCGCGCGCUACGAAGCCUUCGCAGCGGCCAGGAACGAGGUGCGGCUGCUGGGCACCCGUCACCACGUGCUGCUGGCCUGGCCACGCGAGCACUGGCAGCGCCUGCUGCUGCCACCCCUAUUUUCGGAGAUAUUCGAUAUUCCAAAGCAGGAUGAAGAUGCUGGGGAUUCUGCUACAUCCGCGUCGCCGGGACCUGUCCCCAGGUCCCCCCAGUCCCCGCACUCGUCACAUCCCCCAGUCCCGCAACUAGGAUAAAUUUAAAAAAUCAAAGAGAACGCCAAUACUAAUAAAGGCAUGACUGAUAUCAUUAUUAUUGGUAUUAUCAUUAAAGGUUUAGAAUAACUAGCGUCAGUUUCGCAGAAACUCUAGGGAUAGCUAGGGAUUAUUGAAAUAUUGUAUUACUAGCUUCUGCCAGCGGCUUCGCCCGCGUUCCUGUAUAAAAAGUGGCCUAUAUGUUGUUCCGGACCAUAAUCUGCCCCGUGUUACAAAUUUCAUCUCGACUCUUUCAGCUGUUUCGACGUGAAAGAGUAACAAUACAUCCUUACAAACUUUCACAAUUAUAAUAUUGGUAGGAUUCCUAAGAACUAAUAUGACCACUGAAAGUAUUAAAAUAUUUCUAUCACAAGUUUUAUAAACAAAGAUUGUAUUAUUCUGGCAGCUCUUCCAAAAAGCUGUCAUACGUCGCGUCGUAAUGUAUGUGUACAAGAUCUCGAUGACAUGACAAUGUGAACUGAGAGUGAGGUGGUUGGGUGUACGGGCCGUAGAUAAGUUAGUCAAACGCACGACUUAGGAGCUAUUGUAUCGACCCCAUCUAGGAAUCACCGUACAUAUCGUUUACGCAACAUAUAUGUUAUGAUUUUACUUUUAUCGUUAUUUAUUUAAAAUGUUCCUUGUGUUUACAUUAUGUUCUGUUUAAUCAAGUAAGGGUUAACUUAGGUACGUUACUUGUAAUUCUUUGAUUCGUCGUCUGCAUAUGCUGGUUUGUUGCUCGUAUUGUAUCUACAGUAACAUAAGUUGUACGUAGCAUAAUUAUUUAAGUUUUUAUUAAGUAUUUCAUAAUUAAUAAACCUAUUGCAUCUUGAGUUAAUUGCUAAAAUUUUAAUUAUUUUAUUUGAACCGACUUCUCGUUAAAGGAGAAGGUAUUGCCACCCGAUAUGUUCAAUUCUAUUAUGUUUUAGUUAAAAUGACGAAGUCAUAAUAUAAAUUAUUAUAAGGUCUGAAUUUCGAAUAGUUAUUCUUGUCUAGAUGACUCUGAUAGGUUAAGAACUGAAUUUCGUACAUGAAAGUAUUUAAGUAGUAGUCUAAUGUAAGUAAUUAUAUGCAGUGGGAGAAGGUAGGACAAAGCUUGGCGAACUUACCUGUAUACCUUUUUUUUCAGUCGUACGUAUUUGGUUUCAUUGGCAGUAGGUAAGGUACAGACGUCUAUUAUCCUCUCGAUUGUCGGUAUAUGAGACACAAUAUAAAAUACGUUGUGGCUCACGUAGAUCUAUGUUCCGGCGUCAUACCACGAGUUGAGGCCCACCUUAUUCAAAAACCUCAUAAAAUCUUGCAGAUGAUUCUCGUAAAGAAAAACAUAUUGGAAUUUGAAAUAAGAUAUCCAAAAGGUAGUGCAGUUUUUGGCAUUAAGUAUACACACUUCUUACAAACUUGGUACAUACUGGGCUAUCUUAGGAAACCAUAUUAUUGUAUUAUAACGAACUUUACUAUGGGCUGUGUUAGGAAAUAACACCCGGCUUGAAUAUAAAUCUCGAAAAAUACAAAACAAGAAAUUAAACUCAUGCGCAAUACGAUAUUAAAAUCGAUGAAUUGAGAAUUUUUAAUGUUUUAGAACAAAGAUUGGUUUUAACUUGGAGCCGGGUCAUCUCUGGCGAUCUUACCUAAUUGCUUUCCAUGAUUCUAAGUACUUACCCGAUUUCCCAAAAAUUUCGGCUGGUAUCAUUUUUUAUAUAUAAACUUAAAGUAUAAUUCGCAAAUAGUUAUUUACAGAGCGAGUUAAGUCCAUGUGUUCCGUAAUGCAGUAAUGCGAUUCGAAUACAAGUGUGUGCUAAAUAAACACGCGUGUGAUAAUAUUUAGGUAACAGGCAGGUAUAACAAUGUAUUAAUAAUAAGUAUAAAUAGUAUUUCCAAUAUUACGUUAUAUGAUAACACUGCAUAAUUAUACCUAGUAUAUGUACAGGUACCUAAGUCAAUGGAAUCAGUUGAAUUAGGAAUAGGUAUCCAAUUUAAGAUAAUAUUAUGUUGUCUGGCUUACUUGCGUAUCUGUUUGACGAGAAACUCGACUAGUUUCAAGCCAUUUCAGAGGCUCAUAUUCAUGAGCAGCAUUCCGCGACACACGAUGCGGCGACUGUCGCACAGCUAUGCGACGAGACAACAGUUAUGUGACUAAGCCGGAAAACUUAAUAAUUAAGUAUGUCUCACGAAAGUUAUAAAACAAAUCAAGUUAAUAUAGGAACGUGAAAUAGGUACUUUAUAUUUUUACAUAUAAGUCAUUGCUUGUAACUUUGUUUAUUUUUAUUAUUAUGAUUAAGAUAAGUUAGUCUUAUUGAUAAAUUACGUUUCCUUGUUAUAUACUUAAGAGUUCAGCUAUCCAAUCAUAAGUUUUCGCUUUGGUCUAAGUAGAAAUUUAAAAGUAUAACGAAUUUUAAACUGAAAAUAUUAGCAUCCUCAAGAUUUUAAAAUAGGUCUAUAGGUAUGAUAUGGUACGGUAAAAUGUUUAUAACUUUUAAUAUACUGUUUAGCUCCCAUCUUUGUUUUGAUACUACUUUUAUACGUACCUUUUGUGUUAAUCUAAAUUAAGACGUUUACUCUUUAUUUUAGUGCGCACAAUAAUUAAGCUCUUGGAACCAAAAACUGCAUAGUGCACUGGAACUCUUUAGACACAAACUUUGUAACGGCAUUGCGUUUGCAUUUACUCAGCAUUUGCUCCUUUUAGGUUUUAUAAAAUAAUCAGUAAUCAUUAUAUGCAUACCUAGUUUACUUUUAGAUAUAUAUAGGGGUUAUAAGUACUUAUUGUGUUUCCAUGUUGUUCGAAGCGCAACAUUUAUGUUUAUCUACAUUUUAUUUGGAACAAGUUCUUUUUGUUGUUUAAUUUAAUAUUAAGUAUAGAGAGAAUGAGUUUAAUAACUUUUAAUUACACUUGAUUUAUAAGACAACAAAGAUAAUGCAUGAUAUUGUACAUCAUUUGAAACGAUAAACGUUGUCUGAAUUCAAUUAAGUGCAAAUGAAAGUGGAGUUAUUUAAUAGCUUAUAUUUAAUAUUAUGUGCAUGAGUUUAAGACAAUCUGCAGAUAAUCGAUCUCAUGAAAUCUGUAUUUGUGUAUAGAGACGGGCUUGCUACCGACCAUGUGCUGGGUUUGAGAUGCCCAAGUAUCUUGUUGUUGUGGCUUUUUAAAUACUUAUUUAAAACUCGUUAUAAAGCGCAUGGUCUCACCCUACAUUCUAAUAAGUGGGAGGUACUGAAAACUAUGUUAUUUUUUGUAUAUAAUAUAGUCGCCGUUAUGAUAAACUAACGAAACUGCCUAAGGUAUAAAAUUUUCAAAAAUCUGUCUCUAACCGUUAUGGGAAUCUCAUAACACGAAUAUGCAUUAUUUUGUUGCUACGUUCCAACUGAACUAACGAGGUUGAUAUUGCAACAAUGCAACAAAUAGAAACGUAAGCAAAACUACCUAGUAGGUAGUAUGAAAUAAAAAUACUUUAGGAACUAAAUCUUUUUGGUAAAACUUACAUGUUAAUACAAUCGAAAUAAGAGGAGAAGAAGAAGCAGUACCUACUUGAAGAUUGCAAUUUCUAAUUUCUUUAAUGUUAAGUCCUAAACAUAUUUGUUAUGAAAACUUAGGUAGGUGUAUCUUGUAUCGGUAAGUAAUAUUCUGUUAUGGGCUCGUGGCACCGACUUCCUAACUUUUAGUGGACACUGUGGGUUUUUUGUUAAUGGUUUUUUUAAAAGUAGGUUUAUUUUACUUCUUACUUUUUAGUUUGAUAGGUACUUCGGAAUAAUGAUGCAAAUGUAGCUACGCAAAUAAAUGAAAUUGGGCAACAUUCAUUUUUCUGCCUAUAACCUAAACGUUAAUGAGAUUUACCUUCUAUAAUCAAGUCCACCUAAUAGCCUCAAAGAACCUUUUUCUCUAUCCAUAUGAAUAGAAUAAUUUUGAAAGAAUUUUCUUCAAACUCCUAACCGUUGAGGAGUUUUACCUUCCAUCAUCAGCUCAUUGACAUGAAAUGAUGAUCAUCAGACGAAAAUGGUUGAUUACCUUUACGAAAAUAUCAGAAUAAAUAUAUAGCUUAUAAUUUGAGGGUUGCCAUCGAUUUCCAUGGCUCUCAUCAUCAGAGGCUGACCGCAAACGGAUCAGAAAAAAAAAUACCAGCCGAAUUGAGAAUGCCCUCAUUUUUGAGAAGUCGCUUAAAAAGCAGAAUAAGUAAUUAUUUUUUUUCUUAAAUAAAUACAUUUAUUUGAAUACGUAUUUUAUUAAUUUAUAGGUCAAUGAAAAUUACAUACAAAACUACAGAAAACAAAAUUAGCAAGGGAACGUUUCGAAAUAUUAAAUUGAUAGUUAAUAACUUUUUUAACUAACAAAAGUGGCCCUUUUGUUAGUUUACCAAAUAAUUUGUUCAAUAGGAAACUACCACUUUCGCAAGUUGGCGUACCUACAGCGUAAUAUUCGUACUUAUCUUUCAACUGUUACGUAUGAAGAUGCAAAGUAACGAAAGUGCAUUUAUUUAUUGUUCUUGUAAUAUAAGGAAAAUAAAUUCAUGUGCCGCAGUUUAUAUUACAAGUGUCUUGAAAGAAGUUAUUAAUCAUUUAAUAUGUCGAAACGGUCCCCUGUAAAGAUUUUUGCAAUUUCGUAAGUUUACUAUAAAGGUGACGAUAUGUUAUUGAUUAAGUUUCUUGGCUGUUAAUGUUUUUAAAUAUUAGCUUUAUUUACAACCUUCGUACAUAUCGGCACGUAACUUGGCAAGAACUGAUAAGGUACAGCGAGCAUCAUAUAGUGGCCCUUGGGGUACUUAACCCUUUAACCGCCAAGAUUCUGAACUUUCAACUUACCUCCAGCGCCACGUCACUUUAGGUAUAAGUUGGAACA